UCGACUUUCAAUCGGGCCGCCUCUCCGUAUGGCGUCCCGUGGCAGCGGGGACACCUUUUAUAAAAGACUGUGACCCAACGUACUGAUCAUCACACGUGCCAUAGCCCCUGCAAAAUGAGAACUCCUUUAACGUGGCUUGUAUUUCUGUCGGCCCUGUUGGCUCAGGGAUAUGCUUGGAGGUCGGACAGCGAAGAAUGUGCUUUACCUCUAAAACACUUCAAGUAUAUAUCACCAACUGGUUAUGGAGAAAAAUGCAUUUCAUAUGCUAAUGUUUCCGAAGCUUUCCAUGAAGCAUGUAGAGGAGUAUUGGGUAUAGAACCGGGAACUAACGAUUUAACAGAUAUUCAAUUGGAUAAUUUUGGCGAUGUAAUUCAAGAAACAACGAGAAUUUUAUGUGAAUGGUUUGGACUAACAAAAGAUCAAGUGCGAAGUUUAUUACCAAUUAUAAAUACGGAAAACACUGAUAUUGGAGCAUACUGUCCGAAAGAAUUAAAAUCGUAUCCAGGUAAUGAUUGCGGAGAUGGAAUUGAGUUUCGUUCGAUCGACGGGAGAUGUAAUAAUUUUGUUCAUCCACAUUGGGGCGCUGCGAAAUUACCUUUUAAAAGACUUUUACCACCCGAUUACGGUGACGGUAUCAAGUCGAUCAGGACGAGCAUAACCGGAUUUCCGUUACCCAAUCCUAGGUCCGUUUCGGCUCGCGUGCACAAAGACAUAGCUAGACCACAUCGCACUGAUAUAACAUUUUUGUUUGCCGCCUUUGGGCAACUCGUUGAUCAUGAUCUCACUCUCACCGCUGAAACCAAAGACCCGAUCACCAGACAAGAGAUUAAAUGUUGUUCGGGAGCCAACAAUCCGUAUUGUAUACCAAUCAAUGUGCCAAUCGAUGAUCAGUUUUUCGUGGGAAGUCAUCGCCAAAGGUGCAUCGACAUGAUUAGAUCUCUAGCCGGCGUCAAUACUGAUUGUCCUCUAGGUCCUCGUGUCCAAACUAACGCAUUGACAUCACCUAUCGACGGCAACUUUAUAUACGGCUCCAACGAAAAACUUGCGAAUAAACUCCGGUCGUUUGAAGGAGGAAAGUUAACCAUGGUCCCGGUAUUGGCGGGUAACCGGCUCAAGCCAAUAUUGCCGCCAAAGAAAGACCAACCAGAUGACGGAUGUAUUAGGCCUCACCCAGAUCUUUAUUGUUUCUUAGCCGGCGAUAAUCGCGUAAACGAACAACUGGCUCUAGGUGUACUCCAUACGAUUUUCACUCGAGAACACAAUCGAAUAGCCAACGAAUUGUGUGCGAUCAAUCCACACUGGGAUGACGAACGACUAUACCAGGAAUCGCGAAAAAUCGUCGGUGCGAUGAUCCAGCACAUUACUUACAAUGAGUUCCUGCCGAAGUUAUUGGGCAAGUUUACGAUGAAAAAGUACGGUUUGGAGCUUUCAACGCAAGGGUUUUCCAAUAGUUAUGACCCAGAUGCAGACAUCACAGUGCCGGCUGCGUUUGGCGCUGCUGCCUUCCGAUUCGGUCACUCACUGUUGCCCGACGCCAUGGAACGUUGGAGUGCAGGUCACAAGUUCUUAGGUUCCAGGCGGUUUAGUGAAAUGUUCCAGCAACCGUAUGACCUUCACAAACCUGGCUGGCUAGACCAAUAUUUAUUGGGCAUGGUGAACCAAGCGUCCCAGGCCAUGGACGACGCGGUAACGUCUCAAGUGACCAACCAUCUGUUCCAGGAACCUGCCAACGAUUACGGCAAGGACUUAGCGUCCAUCAACAUACAACGAGCUCGGGAACACGGGAUACCCAGCUACUCGGCCUGGCGGCAAUAUUGCAAACUGCCGGCGAUCAAGACAUGGAGCUCGAUGCUGACUGACAUUAGCAACGCCACGGUGAAGGCGUAUUACGAUUUGUACACCACACCUGAGGACGUGGACCUAUGGUCAGCGGGUGUGUCGGAACGGUCUAUCGAUGACAGCAUCGUGGGACCGACGUUUGGAUGUAUCAUAGCCAAGACGUUCAGUGAUUUGAAAAAGGGCGAUCGGUUUUGGUACGAGAAUCCCGGUCUGCCAAACUCAUUCACGCUAGAGCAACUGACGGAAAUAAAAAAAGUUAAGUUAUCGCGAGUGUUGUGUGAUAACAGCGAUAAUAUUGUAACAAUUCAACCGUUCGCUAUGGAAUUGCCGUCACAGCAAAAAAAUAACAGGGUUGCUUGUAAAGGACACAUACUACCACAGAUGGAUUUAUGGGCUUGGAAAGAAUAUACAGGCUGUUGCACUAAAAAGAAAGUACCGAACUUGAAUAACCUAAAUCCACAAAUACACAAAGUUCAAAUAAAUGAAUGGAACAAAGAGGAUGAUAAUCUGCAUAAGCUCAUCCAAGCAAUAGCUGUAAACAUCUCCUCAUCAAAACCAACGAACACUUGGUAAUAAAAUUUAAUAAUAUAAAUAAUACUCGCUGUAAUAACUAUAAUUUAUUAUUUAUUUGUAAUUUUAAUUUUAAAAAUGUUUGUUAUUUAUUAUUAUGUAUUUAAAGUAUAAAAUUGAUUAAAUGAUGAAAAAAAAAUUCUAAUAAUAUGAAAUGUAAACAGCUUUUUGGUAUUUUUAUUACCGAAAUUUGGUAUUAGAAUUAAGAGUCCGGACAAAAUUUAUCUAAAAAAUCAUAGAAAUAUAUUGUAUAUUUUUAUGCAGAACCAACGAAGAAAUAAAAUGUAGUUAGUUACGUUAUGUUUAGGAAGUUUACAAUAAAAAAUUUUAAAUAUGAACAAAAAAAAAGAGUGUGUUUAAGUUAAUUAUAACUAUAAUCUCAAUUCACGAUCACAUCUUAAGAACUUUUUUGAUUUAAAAUGCUACUACACACGGGUAAGUAGGAAUUCAAUAACAAUAUUGGUAUGCAUUAUGUUUACAAUUUUGAAUAGAAUAUAAUAUAAACUUAUCAGCAAGCUUUGGAGUAAUUACUGCAGGGGUAUUUAGGGAUCAUAUCCUCCGUCCAUGACUUUUUUUUAAAGCCUGGCAUAUUAUAUUUAUGUACUUAUCUAACAUUGCUUUAGUAUAUAUCAUAGAAAUAAUAAAAGAAACACAAAUCCCCCCAAUCCCCCUAUACCAACUGUACAUAACUGUGAUAAUCUUACUUUAUAAUAAACACUAUAUUGCACAAAUA